AUGGACGAAGUUACUGAUCAACAGACCGCUGGGUCUAUAAACCAGACAAAGAAGACAAGUUGGUUUGGAAACAUUGCCAAAAACCCGUUCAUAUUCGGUGUCGCACUAUUUUCAACCCUCGGUGGCUUCCUCUUUGGCUAUGAUCAGGGGGUUGUUUCGGGAGUCCUCACGAUGGAGUCCUUUGGUGCAAAGUUCCCUCGCGUCUAUAAUGAUAGCGGCUUUAAAGGAUGGUUUGUGUCAACGUUACUUCUGGGUGAGUUAUAUUCACCGAGGUUAAUUGUUAUAGGGCAAAAUUGCUGA